AUGAAGUUGAAUCUUGCAAUAUUGCUUAUUCUCUUAUUGGCCGUUGCUUAGGCAAGAAGAGUUUAAUUUUUGGGGCAUCAUCAAGAGGAUGAAACAGGAAAGGAAAAUGGAGAAGAAAACCAAGGCAAUGGAGAAGAAAACCAAGGGAAUGGAGAAGACGGGCAAGGUAACGGAGAAGAAGGCCAAGGAGAUGGUGGAGAAGGGCAAGGAAAUAGUGGAGAAGAAGACCAAACUAACGGAGAGGAAGGUCAAGGCAAUGGAGGAGAAGAGAGUGGAUAAGGCGGCUCUGGUGAUUCCGGUAUUUAAUAUAUCUGAAAAUAGGAUCUGAUAAUGGCGGUUCAUGUUCAAAUGGGGGUAAUGAAGGAGGUUAAAGUGAGCCAGUAGAAUAAUAAACUUGCAAAGGUGUGAUAUUUGAUGCAGGAAGCUCAGGAACAAGAGUAUUUGUUUAUUCUUGGCCUUGCAGAUUAUUCCAUUAUGCAAACCCAGAGAUUGAGAUAACUUAAAAGGUAUUCAAAUUAUUUUCAAUAUUAGGUCCCUUCAGUCAAGAAAAACCCAGGAAUCUCACAUUUCGGAAACAACAUAGCUGGAAUUUAGGAGUAUUUGCAGCCUUUGUUGGAUUUUGCAAAUGAACAUGUUGAAGAAGAAAUCAGACAUAGAACACCAAUUCUACUUGGAGCUACAGCAGGCAUGAGAAUUUUGGAUUGGGGAUAACAAUAUGAUGUUAUGGAGGAGGUUAGAAGAAUUUUGGGGCAGAGUGGUUAUUUGUUUUAAAGUUAAGAGUGGGCAAGAAUAAUAAGUGGAAAAGACGAGGUAAAUUUUAAAGCAAAUUUAGGGCGCCUAUUUGUGGUUGUCUGUCAAUUAUCUGAAGGGUUACUUCGCUAGUAGCAACUUAGAUGAAUAAGGAAAAUUGAGAGAAAGUUAUACAACAAUUGAUAUUGGUGGUGCUAGCACUUAAUUGGCCGAUGAAAUCACUGAAUAAGAUCAAUAUUACUUGUCAUACGAUGAUGAAUAUGGAACAGAUUAUCAUACUUUUGAUACAUCCAUCUAUAAUAUUUCAUUGUAUUCUCAUUCAUGGUUGUAUUUUGGAUAAGACCAAGCAAGAAUUUAGAUAAAUAACUUCUUACACAAUUUACAUAAGAGAUCCGCAAGCUUUGAAAAUCCAUGCUUUUUAAAAGGAUAUAAAGCCAAAUAUAACGAUGAUGUUGAAGUGGUUGGUACUGGUAAUCCAGAUGAUUGCAAAGAUUUAAUCGAUUUAUAUUUACUGGGAUUUAAUAGCACAUGUGAUUAAUGUACCAUUUAAGAAUCCUAUAUUCCAAAAAUCUAUCCAGAUUCCAGGUUGUAUGCUGGUGGAUCCGCUGAGUUUGUAGCAAAAAUCUUUAAUGAAGAUGAUGACUUCAACUGGACAGAAUUCAAAUAUUUUGAUGAAUUUUGUUCUAAAGAAUUCGAUGAUACUAAUAAGGACAAAUAUUAUCCUACUUAAUGCUUCUUAGGCCUUUAUGUUAAAGAAUUAUUCGCUGCUGGUUACAGAGUACCUCCUGACACGUAUAAAUAUUUGGUUAUCCUCAUAGUUUGAUUGAAAUAGGAAAGAUUAAAGACAUUGAACCAUCAUGGACUUUGGCUGCUAUGUUCGAUUAAAUUGAUGAUAAUGAGCCUUGUACUGACAGUCCCAAUUGCAAUUUAAGAAGACAUAUGAAACAAUGGAGAAAGGACAGCUUCCAUCCUUCCAUGAAGGAACAUAAACGCAGGGCUCCUUUGUCAAAUUUCACACCCUGA